AUCGCAGUAAAACCUAUGAGACACACGAGUGCACUUGCGACAAAACGAUUGGGGUCGUGGAGGCAAGAAAAAUAUAUGUAACCAAGGUAAUACGAUCAUCAAGGCGUGACGUUUAGAAGAGGCUACAGACAAGCUGAAAAAAACUGGACGAGUUGGACCGAACUCUUGAUCCCUGUACGCUCGUGCAAUUUGCUAGAGGGCUUUCAAUUCAAUACCUCCGGAGGAAAAAACCUCAGGGUUGAAGUUUUCAUAUAUCCGGCGUUACGAUAGAACUUCUUCCUCUCCAUUCAUCCUAUUCGCUGUUGUCUGCCUGAGAAAUCAAUCACAUUGGGCCGGAAUAAAAGGCUUACAUUGAAUUCAUCUGUGUGUCAAGUCCGGAAUGCCCGAGAAAUUCAAUGGAAAUGAAAGAGUUUGACGUGUGACAAUGGAUAAGCUCGGAUAGCCUGAAUGUAUACAACAUAGCAACAAUAAUAUUCAAAAGCCCAGCAGGAUUCCUGACUAUCUGACAAUCUGAGCAGAAAGUCACGAGAGCGAUAAACGAGAGAAAUCAAUUUUUUAAAUCGGUAUUAAAUGUGGAACGAGUGAGAGCAUUCGUUACAAUGGGCACCCAUGAUAAAGGAGAUGCUGAUAUAACAUGCAUCAAAGAGGAUAGCGUAUGUGACGAACGAGAUGUAUGUCGAGAGCAGAUGGACCAAUCGCAGCGAACCACGCACACAGACAGAGUCUUCAAGAGAUAUCUUCCAAACAACAAGCUCCGUCUCUACAUCAUCAAUCGGGAUUUAGUCGUCACUGGAGGUAAAAUCGAUAAACUACUGGGUGUGAUAGUCGUUGAGCCUGAUUAUGUUCGUGACAAGAGGGUAUACGCACAAAUAACUUUGACUGCUCGGCUGAGUCGAGAGGAAGAGGAGGUAAUGGGGGUUAAAUUUUGCAACGAAAUACCAUUUUGCUUUACUCAACUGUAUCCACCCUAUUCCCACGAUGAUCAGCCUCAAGCUAUGACACCAGUUCAGGAAGCACUCAUCAGAAGUCGAGGGCCCAAUGCUUAUCCAUUUUCGGUGGAAGUACCAGCAGUUGCACCGCCAUCAAUUCGUCUACGUCCACCUCAAAAAUACAACGGAGCACCUCUCGGUACAAGCUACGAAUUCAAAGCCUGGGUUGCCGAACGUGCAGAUCAGAGACAUGACGACAGUAGCACUGUACGUAUGGGUAUAAAUGUGAUACAGCGAGGUCUUCCAACCCCUCGGCCCAUUAGUAAACUCUGCGAAAGUACUACACGUAUGACGCAAUUGGCUCUCACAUCACGUACAUUAGAGGAGCCAGCAGUUCCCACAGCAGCUGUGAAACGCCGUCUGCUGUUGACUGAAGGCUCAAUCAGACUUGAGGCGCGAUUGGAUCGCGCCAUUUAUGCCCAUGGAGAUUCAAUAUCUGUCCAUGUUUACAUCGCUAAUGAUAGUCACAGGUCUGUCAGAAGAAUUGAGGUACUUGCACUGCAGCACGUGGAAGUUUGUAUGUUUAACAAUGGAAUUUUCAAGAAUACCGUGGCCUCUGUGGUGGAUCAGGCCAAUUGUCCUCUAGUAUCUGGAUCAACGCUCACAAAAACUUACAAUAUGCAGCCCACAGAAGGCUCCCCAAAACACUGGAUUGCAUUGGAGGAAAAUUAUACGAGAGCUGGCUCAAGCCUAGCCUCCACUGUGAUAUCCUCAGAACUCAGUGAAAAGGACAGAAGCCCUUAUUAUGCCAUCAACGUGUCCUAUUACGUGCAGGUGAAACUCCUGACUUCCCUGAUGUGCGAAAAAAUCUCGGUUAAAUUACCGUUCACAUUGAUACAUAAGGAUCCCGAGGCUGACUUAAUGGGCUUUGCCACAGCUGUGAGGGAUAUUCCAGUCCAAACGUCGAGGCAAGAAAAUAGAGACGAUGAAGAAGGCAACAAAAUGGAGGAAAUUAAAAAAUGUGAUUCAACUCCCGACUUGGAAUUAAUAAAAAACAUAGAAUCGAAAGAGAGCUGAGAACAGG